GUAGUGGUGCUACAGCAGUUGUCCAGGCAGCGCUAUGCAAACCCAGGCAAGAACGCGUAGCAAUAAAGAGGAUCAACUUAGAAAAAUGCCAAACCAGUAUGGAUGAAUUACUUAAAGAAAUUCAAGCAAUGAGUCAAUGCAAUCACCCCAACGUGGUGACCUAUUACACAUCUUUUGUGGUGAAGGAUGAACUUUGGCUGGUUAUGAAGCUGUUAAGUGGGGGUUCAAUGCUUGAUAUAAUAAAGUAUAUUAUCAAUAGAGGAGAGCACAAAAAUGGUGUCCUUGAAGAACCCAUAAUAGCAACAAUUCUUAAAGAAGUUUUGGAGGGCUUAGACUAUCUACACAGGAAUGGGCAAAUUCACAGAGAUUUGAAGGCUGGCAACAUUCUUCUGGGUGAAGAUGGCUCUGUACAAAUAGCAGAUUUUGGCGUUAGUGCGUUUUUAGCAACGGGAGGUGAUGUUACUCGUAACAAAGUAAGGAAAACAUUUGUUGGUACUCCAUGUUGGAUGGCCCCUGAAGUAAUGGAGCAGGUGCGAGGUUAUGACUUCAAGGCUGAUAUGUGGAGUUUUGGGAUAACAGCCAUUGAGUUAGCAACAGGAGCAGCACCUUAUCACAAAUACCCUCCUAUGAAAGUGUUAAUGCUGACGCUUCAAAACGACCCUCCCACUUUAGAGACAGGUGUAGAGGACAAGGAGAUGAUGAAAAAGUAUGGCAAAUCCUUUAGAAAACUAAUUUCAUUAUGCCUUCAAAAAGAUCCUUCCAAAAGGCCCACAGCAGCAGAACUUUUAAAAUGCAAAUUUUUCCAGAAAGCCAAGAACAGAGAAUACCUGAUUGAAAAGCUUCUCACUAGAACGCCUAAUAUAGCACAAAGAGCAAAAAAGGUCAGACGAGUACCAGGUUCCAGUGGUCACCUCCAUAAAACAGAAGAUGGGGACUGGGAAUGGAGUGAUGAUGAAAUGGAUGAGAAGAGCGAGGAAGGCAAAGCUGCUGUUUCUCAGGAAAAGUCACGAAGAGUGAAAGAAGAGAACACAUCUCAGCCUGCUGUUAGUGAUGAAUAUAGUGAAGUUCCAUGUGCAGUGAAUCUUGUCUUAAGAUUAAG